GUUUUUUCUGGUUUAUUGAUCUGAGAAUCUUAGCCUUUGGUCUCAGGAGGCUCAGAGUACUGUGGAGAAAAAAUAGCUUGCCUAUCUGUGUUCGUUGUGUUGUGUCGUUUUGUUUAGAUGGGACCGAGCCCUUGGAUGGCUUUGUAGCAGCGAAGCUUUCCCAUUUGUAUGGAUUUAAGGCAAUAUGCACCGAAAGUUCUUUCUAAACGAUACAAGGUGCUAGUCAACAGAGGAAAUUUGUUACUCUGAGCUCAUCUCUGUCUGCAUUGUGAUAUAGUGCCUAAAUCACUAGCUCUGUUGUCACUCUGGGCUCUGGUCUGUGUGUUGCAUGCAAGCCCUGGCAACAAGUCAAUCCUAUGUGACUUUGCAGCUACAGCAGUUUCUUUACAUGCGUUGUGAUGCAGUGUGGAGCAUAAGACCACUUUCUUUAUGUGUUUUCCUCAAACAACAACUUCUGUCUGAUUGCGCUAAUGUAAAGCCGAGCAGUUAGUGCGUGCACACGUCUGCAGCAUUGCCGUUGAGAACAAAUCAGAGUGCAUGUGUGUGUGGGGGGGGGGGGCUAGUUUGUCUAUAGCAAGUGCAGCCAGGGUCACAGAGGAGCCAUUGAUCAAACGUGCACAGCCACAUACACGUUCACAACAUACACACACACAACUUCUCAAUACACAAUGAGGCCUGUCCGAAGCUCUGUCCUCUGCCGCCUCCUCCCUGCCCCUUUCUCCCUGGCCUUGCGCAGCCUGGUCCUGGUCCUGGUCCUGCUCUGCUUCACUCCCCACUGUCAGGCGGUGCAAGCAGAGAAUGUGACAGUCUUGGAGGGAGGCACGGCCCAGAUCUCCUGCCGCCUUCAAAACUAUGAUGGAUCAAUUGUAGUCAUCCAGAAUCCCCGUCGGCAGACUCUUUUCUUCAAUGGCACGAGAGCUCUGAAGGACGACCGCUUCCAGAUGGUGCUCUUCACACCACGGCUGGUGCGCAUCACACUGACCAACGUCAGCGUGUAUGAUGAGGGUGGCUACUUCUGCCAGCUCUACACGGAUGCGACGCACCACCAGGUGGCCACGCUCUCUGUUCUGGUGCCCCCAGAGACGCCAACGGUGGAGGUGAAGCAGGAGGCUGUGGAGGGCGGAGAGGUGGAGCUCACCUGUGUGUCGCCGAGAAGCAAGCCGGCCGCCACCCUGCGUUGGAUGCGUAAUGGCCGGGAGAUACCAGGUGUGGUCUCCCAGCAGGACAAUUCGAAGACGUUCAGUGUCUCCAGCACCAUCCGCAUCCCUGUUGAAAGGAAAGACAACGGGGCAGCGCUGAGCUGUGAGGCAUUCCACCCUGCACUGAGUGGGCAGAAAAAGAUUCGGCAUUAUCGCCUGGAUGUGUAUUUUGCACCCACAGUGCGAAUUGUUCCUCCUUCUGGCAUUUUGAGAGAGGGCGACUCACUCACCCUCACCUGCUCCGUCACCGGCAACCCUCUGCCUAGAAACAUUCAGUGGUCGAAGAUUAAUGACACCUUACCUGAGAGGGCAGAGAUCUCUGGGCCUACUCUUCAGAUUUCCCGUCUCAGCCAAUCGCACAACGGGACGUACUUGUGCCAGGCCCAAAACAACUUUGGACGCGCUGCUGAUCACUACACCCUGUUGGUGUACGAUCCUGGUGCAGUGGUAGAGACUCACAGUGCAGUACCUUAUGCAGUGAUAGGCGGCGUUCUGGCGCUGCUGGUUUUCACCGUCAUCUGCGUACUCAUUGUCACCAUCUGGUGCUCCGUCCGACAGAAAGGUUCCUAUCUUACCCAUGAGGCCAGUGGGUUGGAUGAACAUGGCGAGGUGCAGGAGGCCUUCCUCAAUGGGAACGACGCCAGCCAGGGCAAGAAGGAGUACCUACUGUAGCCCUUCUCCUUCCCUAUUCCCUCCUCUUCUGACCUCAUACCCUUACCCCUUCCUCUCCCUGUUUCCCACCUUAUAUACAGUAUACACACACACACACACACACACACACACACACACACACACACACACACACACACACACAGACAUACACACUCACAGCCACAAACACUUCAAUACAGUGCGCCAUAACAGGCGGCCUUCUGAAAACGACUGUAAACAGAUACUGCACACAGCCAAUCCAUCCCGCUCUAUUCCACUUCAUGUCCUCCAUGCGCGCGUACACAUAAACCAAGAGACAGACUGAGAAAAAGAGAGUCUCUACACCCACCAGCCAUUAACGACUGUGCCAUAUACUGUAAGUCGGAGAAACUCGGGAAAAUAGAGAGGGUGAUUGAGGGAGGGGGGAGGGACACAGUGAGGUGAAUGUAGACAAAAACGAAAUGAUGCCAUAAUUAUUUUGAUCGAGAGGGAAGCAGGGAGCACAAAGAAAACCGGCACUCUGACUGUGCAGCUGCCAAAGUGGAAGGGGAAUUAGAGGCAGAUGACUGCUAUAAUUCCCUGCCUGGAGAAUAGAAGAAUCCAUUUCACAAAGCUCUAUCUUUAACUGACAUAGACAGUGGAAGCCGUGUGAGAAGGGAGGGUGGACAAAAGAGAGAGAGAGAAGAGUUGACCAGGAGCUAUUGAGUGCUGGAUGCUAGAAAAUAGAAAUUUUUCAAAUUACCAAAACAUAUUGCCUGCAGAGUGCAACUCAUAUAUAAUACCCCGACAAUUCUGGAGCGUGUAAGGCCAGAGUUACAAGAAGUAUCCAUACUUUAUGAACAAGCUAAAUGUCCUGUUUUUCUGUCCCCCUUGAGUGGGCCGCCAAUUUGUGAAAAAAAUCAAGUUUAAGGGAUUUUUUCCCCUCUCACCGCAACAGUGAAGGAAAGAUUGUGCUUUUUCUUUAAAAUUGCUCUACACCUCGUCUUUCCUCUCUAUUCACCUGUUACCAUCCUCUCCCCUCUCUCUUGUAUCUCUCUUUCUCUUCUGUCUGUCCCCCCUCUAUCACUCGUCCUUUGUUGGCUCCUAAUAAUGAAAGGAUUAGUGUUGGGCUGCGUUCCCGAGAAAGAAGAAAGGAAUAUGACUUGCUAAGGCAUUAAAGAAAAGCUUAAUUAUUUUAGAAUGUCAUUAAGAGGAUAAAAAGGUUUAAAAGUCUUAAUAAGAAGGGCAAGGGGAGCGAUAGCAAAAGGAAGGAAUGAGAGAAUUAAAUGGAUGGAUAUUUUUCUGAAUGCUACCACACAUAUGAAAAUACAUGCACACAUUCAUACGUACAGUAAACAUGUUGACAGAACAAGUAUACAUAUCUCUGAAUUCCUUGUUUGUAUAAAAAAAAGAACAGCAACAUAAAUUAAAUUAAACUUUUAAGAAAUAAGAACAGUUUACUAUUGAAACGCAUUAUGAAGCAACUAUACUAACACAGAAUAUUAGCCUAUAGAGGUGCAAAGCCGAACAAACUACUGUCCAGUGAUCUUUAAAGAAAAUAAAGAAAAGGAUAAAAAAAAUCAUUUGUCUUUAUGAGAAACCAGAGGUCUUAUUGAUUUUUUUAUUAAUUAUUAUUAUUAUUAUUUGAACAAUUAUGAUUGUUGUUACUGUUAUUAUUAUUGACGUUGUUAUUAUUAUAAUUGUAAAUGUUAAAGAAAUGUACACUUCCCAUGGUUUGUUUUUGGUUCUACUGUAGAAAAAUUGCUGUCUUUUUACACUCUUUUCCUCUUACCUUUCCUCUCUUUCCCAGUCUUUCUCUCUCUCUUUGUCUCCUGUGCCUAGUUGUCUCUUCUCCUGUCUUUCACUCUUGUUUAUUUUAGAAUCCAUGCGUCAUUGUUGAUAUAUAGCUAACUAUUUCUUUAUAGGGGAAAGAUACAAAGCACGACAAAAUAAAAAAAGAAUCCAAAAAUAA